UUUUUUAUACGGUACAAAUUUAUUAGUGUGUAGUUAGUUUUUAUUGUAUUUCAAUAUCUAUGGUAGUUUUGAGAAUACCGGUACGCGUCGUAAAGUGUGACUAUUGGCUUUGUUAUUUUAUUAUUUUAUUUUUAGUUUGUGCCUUUAAAGGAUAAUAAUGGAUGCACAUUUAACUGAAGAAGAAGAACAGUUGUACGAUAGACAGUUACGUGUGUGGGGUCUCGAAUCACAAAAAAGACUGCGAGCUGCUCGAGUCCUGGUCAUAGGAAUGCACGGCUUGGGCUCAGAAAUAGCCAAGAACUUGAUUCUGUCCGGCGUGCGCUCUCUGACGAUGAUGGACCACACCGUCGUGACCGAGGAAGACUUCUCUGCGAACCUGUUCGUGGAGCGUUCUCAUCUGGGCAAGAAUCGCGCUGAGUCCUCGUUGGCGCACGCGCGGCAGCUGAACCCCAGCGUGGAAGUGACCGCAGACACGAGCUGCGUGAAGGACAAGACAGACGCGUUCUUCAAGAACUUUGAACUGGUAUGCGCAACCGGCUGCGACAAGGCCCAGAUUGUGUCCUUGGACUACACGUGUCGCAGCCUGGGGAUCAAGUUCUACUACGGUGCGGUGUGGGGCCUGUUUGGUUGCAUGGCUGCCGACUGCGGACUGCACGAGUACACCACAAUGUCGUCGGUGCCGAUGCAGCCCAAGGCCGGAGAUGAAUCUCAGAAGGAUGGCAUGCUGGACAUGACCUUUCAGCCCCUGGAUGAUGUGCUCAAUGCCGACUGGAAGAGCGAGGACCUGAAGGGCAAGGCCGGAGCCCUGCAGCCGGAGUUUCUGCUCCUACUGGUGCUGUUGGAGUUCCAGAAGCGAACAGGGCGGAAACCAAGUCCAGCCUCUCGCGACAAGGACCUGACGGUGCUCAAGGAUAUCCGGGACUCCUGGCUACCAGACAUUGGCAUCAAGGAGCCUGAGAAAGUGGGCGAUACUUACUUCAGCUGCCUGUACGGGGAGGUGAGCCCGGUGUGUGGCAUCAUGGGGGGCAUCAUUGCCCAGGAGAUCACCAAGGUACUGUCCCAGGUGGAGAUGCCCUACAACAACCUGUUCUUCUACAACCCCCUGACCUGCAAGGGCUACGUCGACACCAUUCCCUAGAGCUGCAGCUUCUCAGGUCACCUCGGACUCUCGUGCAGUUAGCAUCAGCCGUCGAGAAACAUGGUGGUUCAGAAUGUGACAGUUUUAAGACUGAUGUUUGUGUGUUACUGUGUGUUUGAGUGUUUUGAUACUUGUGUCUAAUCCAACACUACUGUUGGUUCAGUUAUUUCAGUAUGUAUUGUCUGUCAUAGUGUAUUACUUUUGUGAACAUUUGAACUUUUAAUUUUUUAUAUGAAAAUAAAAAAAGGUGUCAAAAAGUA